AUGUUUUCGAUCGCAUCGUCAAUUUCCCCACUCAUCAAUUGCCAAAACUCGCCGAAAUCGCUGACACCCGUUGUGUCGGCGGCGUCUGGAUUCAAAACCCUGACGGAGAAUUUGACGGUUAGAGUCCAGAGAGCAGAGAACCGCGAACUGAACGUGCCUCUGCUCUCCCCCUUCACUAUCGCCUCGUCACGCCUUGAUUCAGUCCGUAAUGUCGCGAUUCGAAUUGAGCUUAGCGGCGGAUCUGUCGGCUGGGGAGAAACUCCGAUUUUGCCGUCGGUAACGGCGGAAAACCAGCAAACGGCAAUGGUAAAAGCGCGGGAAGCUUGUGAGUUUCUGAGGGAGUUACCGGAAAUGAAACUCGGUGAUGUCCUUCAGGAGAUCGGCGAAUUUCUCCCUGGCCAUCGAUUUGCCUCUGUAAGAGCGGGGAUGGAGAUGGCGAUGGUCGAUGCAGCAGCUAGAGCAGAAGAAGGGUUUGAAACUUUGAAGCUCAAGGUAGGGAAGAACCUUAAGGCCGACAUAGAAGUUCUCCAGGCUAUACGUGAAGUCCACCCUACUUGUUCCUUCGUUUUGGAUGCAAAUGAGGGUUACCAAACAGAGGAAGCUGUUCAAGUUCUCCAAAAACUUCAUGGUCUCAGUCACGUGACUCGAAUUGCAAAGGACAGAUUCGGAGUCUCUGUUGCAGCAGACGAGAGUUGUAGGGACUUGAGUGAUCUCAAGAGAAUCAUAAACGGUGAUAUCGUUGAUGUUGUGAACAUCAAACUCGCCAAGACCGGUAUCCUCGAGGCCCUAGAGGUGAUUGAAUUGGCUAGAUCAUUUGGAAUUGAGCUUAUGAUAGGAGGAAUGGUGGAGACUAGGCUAGCAAUGGGCUUCUCUGGUCACCUUGCUGCUGGUCUCGGGUGUUUCAGUGAUCCCGUUCAAGGUGGCUACAAAGCGUCCGGUGCUGUCUAUGAGUAUACAGAUGAAGGUGGUCACGGCCGAUAUCUUCAGUGGAAUUGA